AUGGCCACUUUCUCCGACCUAUCUCCAGAGCUGAUCUUGCGUGUCGCAGACAAUCUCGAACACCCCGACGUGAGUAACCUGUUCCGAGUCAGCUUCGCUCGGCCUUCACGCACUCGUCUGACUUUUUCUGGUCUACCCCCCGAACUAAUCCUGUGCAUCGCAGACCGUCUUGACUACAAGGAUGUGAGCCGCCUGUCGAGAACCUGCGCCAGAUUUGCUCGGACCCUGCGCUCCUAUCUCCGUCGAAUGGGUCUGAAAUUGGCGCUUCCCAGCCAGGAAGAGUAUCGGAAAUUUAUCGAUUUUGAUAGAUAUCCUCCUACUUUGCUGGCUCGUGACUCCUCCAUUUCAGAACCCCGUGCAUUACUAUGUGAAGCAGUGAGCGAUGGGAACAUUGGUGCUGUGCGCAGCUUUCUCGACCUGGGGAUCGACCCUGAUUCGUUCGACCUUCACGGCUACCGGUUGCUGCAUCUCGCCAUUUUCAACUCCCAGAACGAAAUGGCCAGAUUUCUGCUGAGGAGAGGCGCCGAUCCGUCCCUGGCCAUGGUCUGCGAUCCGCGAGCGACGCCCGUGUACUGCGCCGCGAUUAGCACCGAAAAUGAAUUGGUUCGUGACCUCGUCACUGCUGGCGCGAAUGUCCAACAACCGGGCUUGAUCCACGCAGUGGCACGACAUUGUGACAGAGAAACCGUGGAGCAUGUAAUUGCAUACGGCGCAGAUAUCUUUGAGAUUAAUCCCCAAACAGGCGCUAAUGUCCUACACUCUGCAGCUAAAAGUGAGCACUGGCCCGUCGUCGACUUACUUCUAUCUUGCGGCCUGAAGGAUGAGAUCAAUGCCACAAAUAACAACGGUAAAACGCCCCUGUUGAAGGCUCUGACAUACGUCAAUGAGGAAUCCGCGCUGACCUUGCUGGACGCUGGAGCCGAUGUCAACGUCGUGGAUCCAACUACCGGCAAUCAGCCUCUGCACCUUGCAGCAUAUUCGGGAAUGAAAUAUGCUACGCCCAUGAUCCUUGAAAAAGGGGCACAUAUCGAUGCGGUCGGAUGGAAUGCUCGAACAGCCCUGCAGAUGGCCGCCAGUGGGCCUUCAGCCGAAGUUGUCGAAUUGCUAAUCGACCACGGGGCAGACUUGGACCACACAGACAACGCGGGCCAGACAGCUCUGCACAUCGCUGCCACGGAUGACAACGGCGACCAGGUGCCGAUCGUGAAGGCCCUUCUCAGAGCGGGGAUCGACGUUGACGUGCGGGAUGCCUUGAAUAUGACAGCACUGGAGGUGGCCCGGGAUAUGGGCUUUUUGCAUGUCGCUUACAUGAUCGAGACUGAAGAUCCUUUUGCGUUUGACUGGCUGCCGCCGGGGGGCAUACCAGGGAACAGAUCUGCGACGUGGGACGAGUUCCUCCGGAGGCGAUAUGGAGUGUGA